AUUUCUUCAUGCUAAAUUGCACUUUUGGGAUGAAAUUUUGCAACCCUGCAGUUUUAUGAACUUUUGAAUCAGCUGUUCUAAUCGCCUGCAUUAUUUAAGGACUCAAUAAGUAAUGGCAACAAAUACUAAUGAAAUGGAAAUGUUGCGCAAAGCAAUUAGGUUACUCUACUCACCCAAUCCAAACUCAGCUGCGGAGCUGAGAAUAAUGUUGGAUGAAGCCAUAAAGCAACGUUAUGGUCCAGAGCUUAUGAUUUCAAAUAACAUGAGCAAGACUCUAAUAGAAUUUGAAGCGAAUUUCCCAGGUCGCGCUGCAACUCCGCCACCGCCACAGGAACAACAACAAACUAUGGAGCAGGACCCAACAGUCGACGAAGUGAUUAAUUUAACAGGUUCCCCUGCUAAAACCAUUUCCGACUCACCCGACACCAUCAUAGAUUCGGAUGAUGGUGCCCACGUUGGCAGCACAUUGCUUACGGGUGUUGAUGAAGAUGUGAAUUUAAAGGAAUUCGGAGAUUUAAAUUGUGCCGUGUGCGGUGAAAUGGUUUUCACCGCUACUAAUCGUUUAAUUGAAUGCUCUAACUGUGGAACUCUUUAUCAUCAGGAAUGCCACAAACCACCAAUUACUGAUGAAGAAGCAUCUGAAGGCCAAGAGCACAAUUGGCAGUGCGAUAAUUGUCUUAAUAAACCUUCAACCAGUAAGGCGGCCGGUGUUGUCAUCGAAGAGCCAAUUUCAUUGGUGUCAAAAACCAAGUCAUCGGCAACAUCGUCACGUUCGUCAUCAUCAUCCAAUUCAUCAUCUCCGUUUGCAGUUAUACAACAAGAGGCACCCAGUACAACCGCACCUGCGCCCGUACAAGUUUCGUCAAGUUCUUCGAGUAGACAUCACCACCACAAAAGCUCUAGAUCGCAUAGAGAAGAGCGACCUUCAUCAAGUAGUUCUAAAUCUGGUUCGUCCAGCAGUGCUAUUAAUCCGACCUUCAAUGUUGUCAGUGCAGGCGAGAAGAGUUCCUCGCAUUCUUCAAAAAAAUCAUCUUCACACUCGUCUUCUUCCAGCAAAUCGUCUUCAUCGAAAUCGUCAUCCAAACAUCAUGAUAGCAGACGUAAACCAAAAUAAUCUUUACCUUUUUUCGUUGGAAUAUACCGGCCAAAAAUUGGUUAUAAAUUCAAUUCGCUUUUUGGUUUUGUAAUAUUUUAAGUAAAUAAAGAUGAUACCAGUUUUCUUCUAGUGCGGUUUAGAAUAAAAGAGUCUAA